ACCAAUAAUUUACACCACUUCUAGUCUUCUACCAAGUUAUGGGCAACCCACAUUUUCUUACAAUACCAUUCCCAAUUCUUGGUCAUAUGAAUCCCCUUAUGCAAUUCUCUCAAGUUUUAGCCAAACAUGGUUGCAAAAUCACUUUCUUGACUUCAGAUGAGAAUUACAAUAAAAUGAAGACAACUUCAAUUAAUGAUGGAGAGGGGAAGCUCAUGGAACCACACAUAAAUUUAGUUUCUCUCCCGGAUGGUGUCAAUCCUCAAGAUGAUAGAAAAGAUUUGGCCAAAGUUAUAUUGUCCACAAGAAUCACUAUGAGUCCAAUGCUUCCAAAGCUCAUAGAAGAUAUUAAUAAUCUUGAUAGUGACAACAAGAUUUCUUGUAUAAUUGUCACUAAAAAUAUGGGAUGGGCUUUGGAAGUUGCUCACCAAUUGGGAAUUAAAGGGGCACUUUUCUGGCCAGCCUCAGCAACUUCAUUGGUGUCCUUUAACUCCAUGGAGAGGCUUGUUGAGGAGGGAAUUGUAGAUCCUCAAAGUGGUAUUCCAAGGAAACAAGAAAUUCAGCUUUCCUUAAAUUUGCCUAUGAUGGAAGCAGCUGCCAUGCCAUGGUAUAGCUUAAGUAAUGCCUUCUUCUUCCUUCAUAUGAUGAAAGAGAUGCAAAAUGUGAAUUUAGGAGAGUGGUGGCUUUGUAACACUAGUAUGGAUCUUGAGGCUGAAGCAAUUUCCUUAUCACCAAAGUUCCUACCAAUUGGCCCCUUAAUAGGAAAUGAAGAUAACAACAUAGGCUCUUUAUGGCAAGAAGAUGAAACAUGCCUAGAAUGGUUAGAUCAACAUAAACCUAAAUCAGUCAUAUAUGUUUCAUUUGGUAGUUUGAUAUCAAUUGGGCCAAAUCAAUUCAAAGAAUUAGCUAUUGGGCUUGAUCUUCUUAAAAGGCCUUUUCUUUGGGUUGUUCGUAAAGAUAUGGCCCAUAUGAAUAAUGUGCUAGAAAAUGCAUACCUAGAUGAAUUAUUCAAAGGAAAUAAAGGUAAAAUUGUGAGUUGGUCACCACAAAAGAAGAUUUUGUGUCACCCUUCAAUAGCAUGUUUUAUUACACAUUGUGGUUGGAAUUCUACUAUAGAAAGUGUGUGUAGUGGGGUGCCUUUAUUGUGUUGGCCAUUUUUUAGUGAUCAACUUAUGAACAAGACAUAUAUUUGUGAUGUUUGGAAGGUUGGAUUGGGCUUUGAAAAAGAUGAAAAUGGAUUAAUAACAAAGGAGGAGAUAAAGAAGAAGGUGGAUGAACUACUUGAAGAUGAAGAAAUUAAAGAAAGAUCUUUGAAGUUAAUGGAAAUAGUAGUUAAGAAUAAAUCAGAAGGGGAUAAGAAUUUAAACAAGUUUAUCAAUUGGGCCAAGGAAUAGGAAUAUUCACACUUGUAGUUGCUUUCAAUGAAAUACUAAAAUUGAGCUUCAAGCA